GUCCCUGCGCGUUCGCCAACAACCGGCCACCGGCCAAAUCAUGUUCUGGCACAUAUUUCUGUUAGUUUCCGGGAUAAAACUUCUCUUCAUUCCAGCAUACCGUUCGACCGACUUCGAGGUGCACCGAAAUUGGCUUGCCAUCACGCACAGUUUACCGUUGUCCCGGUGGUACUACGAGAAAACGAGCGAAUGGACACUGGAUUAUCCGCCACUGUUCGCUUACUUCGAGUGGGCUCUCUCGCAGGUGGCCAAAUCGUUCGAUGCGCGGAUGCUGGACGUGAAGAAUCUCAACUAUGCAUCGGAUCAGACGAUUCUUUUCCAACGGUUCUCCGUUAUCGUGAUGGACGUUAUCUACGCCCUCGGUGUACGCCGUUGUUUGCGUGCGCUUACGGCGGGAAAUUCUCGUUCCCAACUCAUCGGUGGUGCCAUGCUGCUAGGUAACGCCGGCCUGCUGAUGGUGGAUCAUAUACACUUCCAGUAUAAUGGGUUUCUGUUCGGCGUGUUGCUGCUUAGCAUCGGUGCCUUGCUGGAGGGAAGGCCACUCCAAUCGGCGGCUCUAUUUGCCGUACUGCUCAACCUGAAACACAUCUUCAUCUACGUCGCACCGGUGUAUGUCGUUUAUUUGCUUCGAUUUUAUUGCUUACGCGGAUCGACGACCGGACAGGCAUUAACGAAACUAAUCAAGCUCGGUACCGUCGUACUAGCCGUCUGUUUACUCUCAUUCGGGCCUUUCUACACGCAUCUCCCGCAGGUACUGUCCCGGUUGUUCCCGUUCAAACGUGGCCUUACGCAUGCCUACUGGGCGCCCAACUUUUGGGCCCUUUACAAUGCGGCCGACAAGGUGCUCUCGCUUGCUCUAGGUCGCCGCUCGGGGCUAGCGGGCACCAGCAGUGGACUGGUGCAAACGUUUGACCAUUCCGUCCUACCAUCCAUCAGUCCCACGGUCACAUUCGCCUUAACGGGCGUCACCAUGCUUCCUGCCAUCGUUAAGCUUUGGUCACUCGUAGGCCAUGAAUCGAGUGCCGCGCUCGGGCGAAGCUUCAUCCGUGCCAUCGUGCUGUGCGGUUGCACCUCAUUCCUCUUCGGUUGGCACGUACACGAGAAGGCCAUCCUGAUGGUACUGAUUCCGCUGACGCUGCUCUCGAUCGGCCACCCAAAUGAUGCCCGCUGGACCCUAUUCCUGGGCAUCGUCGCCCACUAUUCACUGUUUCCGUUGCUGUUCAAACCGGAACUGACGCUCAUCAAAAUUAGUCUCCACGUGGCGUACACGGCAAUCAGUUUGCUGCUGCUGAAGCUGCUCCACCGGGGAAAUUUCUUCCGCCUUCCGGAGUUUCUCUAUCUGGCUGGAUUCCCCAUUCUUGCCGUAUAUGAAAACUUGGUGCACGAUGCGAUCGGUUUGCGGGAUCGGUUACCGUUCGUUCCGCUCCUGCUGACCAGCGUUUACUGUGCCAUUGGUGUGCUAUACUUCUGGCUAUCGUACCAUGUGUCGUUUUUGGCCACACCACGCCACGAGAAGGCCACCGGUGAAAAGAAGAAGAAAACGUGAAUAACAAGACUUGCUCCCUUUCAUCUGGAACCAUUCGGAUGUUAUGAUAAGAAUCCUUUUUUUUUCCCUAUGCUUAUGAAUAAAAUGAUAUAAACUUUUUUUUCUUUGU